CUCUUCUCCAUGCUGGUUGCUUCACUACUUAUGCCACAAAACACUUCUGAAACUCAUACAGAGCAGGACCGCGGAAAACCUUCUUGUGUCUGCUAGCUGGACUCUAGGCAGGCCCCUGCCUGGGAGCUCUGCAAGAGGGCAGCUCCUCCCUCCUUAAACUGCCCUGCCUGGCCUCGUAGGGAGGCGAGUGCUAUGCCAUGCCAGACAGCUGUAGAGGUGCUGCAAAAGGGGAACAGAAACUUGCGGCAGCUCCUCUUGCUUCCUCAGUCUGUGGGGAAAGAAACAAUCAUGAGGGUUUGCUGCCCCCUUCUAUUUCCUGGGCUGUGCACAACCUGUACUUAGAAGCUCAGCAUGAGCACUCCUUUCCUAAUCCAGGUCUAAUAAAUGCUUUCCUUCCAGGAAUGGCAGCCCUCCACGAAGCUGUGCUGACUGGAAACUUGGACUGCGUCAAGCUGCUGGUUAGAUACGGCGCUGACAUCCACCAGAAAGACGAGGAAGGAUGGACGCCGCUGCACAUGGCCUGCAGUGAUGGCUAUGCUGACAUAGCCAGGUACCUCAUCUCUCUCGGGGCCAGCCUGGAGGCCACGACCGACGAUGGGGAGACGCCCUCAGACCUCAUCGACCCCGAAUACAAGGACCUGGUGGAGCUCUUCGAAGCCACCACGAUGGGCUGAGACGGGGCACAGCGAGGAGCAGGCCUUCAGGGGCCGGGGCGGCAGGGCUGCGCCGGCCCGAGGGCUGGGCCUGGGCUGGGCCUGGGCCGAGGACCGUGCGGCGCUCGCUCGGUACCGCAUCUCGGAAACACUUUGUACUUUUCCAAUAAAGCAUCU